AUGGACUGGGCAAUCAAUGUGGCCCAUCCGCGAUUGCUCUACGAGGACCCUAAAUUGUCAAUAACGUUUAUUGUGCCGAGCUUAUUCCAUAUCAUUAUAGCUUUCGUAUUGUUGGGAAUAUGUGCGUCCGAGUUUCUUUGCCCCAAUGUGGCACAUAUAUCUGAUCCUAAUAGCCUUCGAUCGAACGGUUCGUUAGUUUCGAAAACAGCCUCCCAUGCAUCUCAUACCGGAGCCUUGAUGGCAAUUUUAUUGUCCUGGUGCAAUUCCUCGCCGGACCUGUUCUCAAACCUGAUGAGUUGGGCGACCUCUACCAGAGAAACGAGGUCCACUUCAGCGUCACUGUCAAUCGGCGAGGUUUUAGGCGCUUGCGGUAUCAUCUUGUGCAUUGUCGAAGGUUCGAUUUUUAUCAUUAUGUCUAGAACCCAAAUCGAAAUCUCGCAGACUCAAAGGCUUUCUAUUACGAGAGACCUGAUAUUUACUUUGGUAGCCAUGUGCGUGAUGAGCUACAUAUCCUUUAUGAACCAGGUCACUGUCCUGAAUUGCCUUCUAAUGGUUUUCCUUUACGCAUUUUACUUGAUUGUUAAAUUGACUUUCAGGCCUAAUCGUGUUCCUGAACCGACUUCAGAUGCUACUGUCGAUACUAGUGUCAGAGAGAACUCUCCUUCUCCGUUUCCAGAUGAUUCUCUGAUGGCCUCCGGUCUCUUGCCACCAGUACAACCAGGCUUUGACGUGACCAAUUCUAUAACACACGGCAUCAAGCCAAGCCUGCUAUCUGCUAUGGAUUUCAACAGUUUCUUAUCAAUGCUAGAAAACUCCUCCUUGGAGGAAGCAGAUCCAAGCAAUGAAAUGGCGGAAUUAGAUACUCUGCGUAGCCUGACGCCAGCUAAACAUUGGCCCACCACUGCAACAACUGCUACUCGGGGCGCGACUACAGACACUGAAAGACCAUUUAGCGAGCCUACAAAUGCAUUAGCGGAAUACACUGAUUCUGAUAGGGCUAUCAAUAGUUCUCCAGCAGUGUUCGCUCCCUAUCACGAUAAUCUUGAUGAUGAGGUCUCUCAAGAGCAAGUAUUAUUGGGACCUCCAGCACACGGCCAUUUUAGGGCAAGGGAGGUACGAAGAUUUUCCAAAAAAUCUCUAGGCUGGAUCAUGAAAAUUUUCGUGCCACAUUUGUCAAAUUUCUCUCAGAAAUCUACCUCAGAUGCAAUAUUCUCCAUUAUCACUGUUCCAUUUUUCAUCAUAUUUACAUUAUCAUGCCCACAACCACAUACAGAUAUGCUUACUUAUGACGCUACUUUAAACAAGUACUCAUUAACAACUUUACCCAUAGUUUUAUUGUUUAUUCAAUCAACUACUGCACCCUUCCUUUGUUGCGGUACACUUUCUGUUCUUUUGGCCUCUCAUCUUGGAUAUCUCGUUUAUCUUUUCCCGGUUUCUUUAUCCAUAGGUUUAACCCUACUAUUGGCCGCUUUCAUCACAAAGGUAAAUUUACAUAAUAAAUUUACUCUGUCAUUAGAUAGCUCAAAUAUUCUACAAGAAAAACUACAAAAAAGGAAACUGCUCGAGAGACUCAACACCAGCAUACAAGUAAUUUUCUUGGCCAUCGGAAUAAUAAAUAUCAUAAUCUGGAUAUCUCUUUUAGCUAAUUGCCUCAUUGAAAUGAUGGAAAUAUAUCAGCAAAUAUUGGGAUUGUCGAAAGCUAUUUUGGGUCUUACCAUUUUUGCAUGGGGUAAUUCCAUUGGCGAUCUGAUCUCCAACAUAUCCAUGUGCAGGCUUUACAAGACACAAACUCAUUAUCAAGACAGAAUCCAUUUAGCAACAAAAUUUUUCAUGAUAUCAUGCGCAUCUUGUUUGGGAGGUGUAAUGUUAAAUUCAAUGGGUGGUAUAGGAUUUAGCGGAUUAGUAGCAAUGCUUUUCAUUGGCGCUUUCAAUGACAAUGAUUGGUGGUUUCUAAGAAAAGUUAAACUACAAGAAUCAAGCCAACUUGAUGAUAGACUAAAUUACAAGUUCGUUGUUUCUUGCAUUUUCAUUAUUCUACAAAUCAUUAUCUUGCUACUAUUCUUCGGCGGGCCCAAGAAUAUUAAACGAUACCUCACAAGAGAAAUGAAGUUUGUCGGGAUUUGUAUGUGUGCAUUAUGGGUGCUAGCCACUUCGAUCAACGUACUUCUAGAACUUGUUAGUUAA